AUGGCCGACACAGUCAUGGCGGACGCACCGCCGGUCGAGUCCUCGACCCCCUUCUCAUUACGCCCUCGUUUCAAGAUCUCCGACCUCCCCCUCGUCAAAGAGCAGCGAUCCACCAUCGAUGCGCUUCUUCUCAAGUUCAAGAAGAAAGGCGGCUACGACAGCCUGCGAAAACAAGUAUGGGCUUCCUACAAUACCUCCGAUGCGAAAACCGCCCUUACGGAUAAGAUUCACGCGAUUGCGGAAGCCGAGAUUGAGAAAGAUCCGAAUUUGCUCAGUCGAGAGCGGGGCAAAGCAGCCACGCUGAUACAAGGUGCCGUAGACCGGAGCGGGAUAUAUCAAGAUGUAGAGUCCAGAAUUGACCAGGAAAUCGCGAGGCAUCUGAACACCGUGCUGGAUGCGGUGCGUGACAUUCGCAGGGAAGACGUCGGGGCUGACCUUGCAGCUGAAGAGGAGCAGCGAGGGGCAAAAUCGGAUGAGCAAUAUGCGGCGGAGACACAAAAUCGAGCUGCUGAAAGAGAAAGGAAUAAAGCUCGGAUGGAGCAAUUGCUGCGGGAGACUGCAGAGUUGAAGGCUAAGAUUAAGCAGGAAGAGGAACGGAAGCGGAAGAAAGAAGAAGCCAAGCGCGAGGAAGAGGAGAAGAAGAAACGUGAAGCAGAGGCAGAAGAAAGAAGAAUUGAGCGCGAAAAGAGACGGAAAGAGGAAGAGGAGCGGGAAGCCGAAAGGAUCAAGGCCAGGGAUGAAAGACACAAGAAGCGUGAAGAAGAGAGACGGGAAAGAUACGCUCGGUAUGAGAAGGAGCGGGAGAGAGAAAGAGACCGCGACCGUGAUCGAGAUCAUGAACGAACACGCCGAAAGAGCACUGAUCGGCGAGAUUCGAUUGCAGAAUCCUCAACUGUCAAGGACGUUCAAGCGGACGAGAAGGAUUUAGAGGCCACCGCUCUUGAGCUCCUCCUGAGCGAAGGCAAAAAAAUGGCAGAGAAGUCUAAGCAGAGACCUGAGUACAAUUUCGACAAGUCCGAAGUCCACGACAGCUCGCGGAAAUAUGUCACAUCCGACCGAUAUUCCCGAAGAAGAGACAGAUCUCGAGAGAGCUACAAACGAGAGCAUGACCGCCGAAGCAGAUCCCGUGACAGGAGGUCGUCAAUUCAAGAAAAGGAGAAGACCGAACCAUCCCGCCGCCGAAGCCCAAGCAAAGACCGCGAGGAAGGUGAAGCCCGGAGCCAGCGCGAUUCACCGUCACCUAGUCACGAAAGACGUUCCGUCCGAGAAAGAAGACCUCGUUCCGCAUCGCCAUUGGGUAUCGACCGCUAUGUCCCUGGAGGUGGUGUUCAUCGUACUGAGGAAGAACGUGAACGCGAUCGGCAAAGACGUCGAGCCCGAGAUUUAGAGAGAGACCGUGAUCGAGAGCCGACGAGAAAGUACGACAGUCAUCGCAGCGAUAAAGAUCGAGACCGGGAGGGAGAACGAAAUCGUGAUCGUGACCGCGAGCGCGAUGGUGGAGACCGAGAUCGAGACUAUGACCGGAGAGAUCGUGACCGCGAUCGGAAUCGAUCAAAAGAGCGAGAAAGAGAUAGGGACAGGGACCGAGACCGAGAUCGUGAUCGAGACCGUGAUCGAGACCGUGAUCGUGAGCGCGAGCGAGAUAGGUCACGCGAUAGGUAUCGAGAGCGAGAUCGGGACCGGGACAGAGAGCGCGAUCGGGAUAGAGAGCGAGACCGAGAGAGAGAUCGAGACCGCGAUCGAAGCCGUGAUCGUGAUCGUGACCGGAAUAGGGAUAGGGAUAGGGACCGUGAAAGGGACCGCUCGAGAGAUCGAGACAGGAGAGAUCGAAGCCGACGCCAUGAUGAUCGAAGAGAAGAGAGAAAGGACGACCGGCGCGAUGAUCGACAAGACGAUCGGAGAGACGAUCGAAAGGACGACCGGCGCGACGACCGGCGCGACGACAGAAGGCGCGACAGAGACAGAAGUGAUGUUCGCGACGCUCGCGACGCUCGUCGAGACCGUGAUCACGUACCCAUUGACCGAUAUGUCCCAGGCCGAUAA